CUCUACCUUGCUCCACUCUCAAUGGUGUACUGGAACUGGAUGUAAGGAUCAAAUCACAAAUAUAGUCAGCUGGAUUUCGACUGACAAGGCACGAUGCCGGGAGCGAGGCAUAAGAUCCUGGGGCACGUGCUCUCUGGGUUCUGUCACAAGAUGAACCGGCGCAAACCACUGUACGGUGACUCCUUGGAUACUCCGCUCAACCGAUGCCUCACUACGUUCGAUAUUACUUUAUUAGGUGUGGGUCAUAUGGUUGGCGCUGGUAUAUACGUCCUGACAGGAACCGUGGCCCACAAUAUGGCUGGGCCAGCCACGGCUCUCAGUUUCCUCAUCGCCGGUAUGACAUCUACCCUCGCGGCACUCUGCUACGCUGAGUUUGGAACACGGAUACCUAGAGCAGGCAGUGCUUAUGCUUACACCUACGUCAGCAUCGGAGAGUUCUGGGCCUUCAUUAUUGGCUGGAAUAUUAUUUUAGAGUAUAUGAUUGGCGCGGCAUCGGUCGCUCGAGCUUGGUCCGGAUAUUUGGACUCAAUGCUAGGCGGAGCUAUAACUAAUGCCACUAUCUCUAUAACUGGGGAAAUUGACAGUUCUCUUCUGAGCAAAUAUCCCGAUGUAUUAGCUUUUCUUAUUUGCAUAGUGGCGUCACUAAUUCUAGCCGUUGGAGUCAAAACUUCCGCCUACAUUAACAACGGCCUCACCAUUCUCAAUUUGCUUGUGAUAUCUCUGGUGGUAUUUCUGGGAUUCUACUACGCUGAUAUUAAUAACUGGUCCGCUGAGCAUGGAGGUUUUAUGCCCCACGGCUUUAAAGGGGUUUUAGCGGGCGCAGCGACUUGUUUCUACGCUUUCGUAGGUUUUGACAGUAUAUCAGCUUCUAGUGAGGAGGCGAAGGAUCCUACGCGUUCUAUUCCUAUCGCCACUGUCCUGUCGAUGGCAUUAGUCGCUUGCGGAUAUAUUCUCGUAGCGAUCGCUUUGACACUGAUGGUUCCUUCCGAGAGUAUCAACCCCGAAGCUGCUUUACCAGCAGCACUCGGUGCGGUUCAUGCUGACUGGGCUAAAUAUGCGGUUGCCGUCGGUGCGGUCUGUGGAAUGAGUACCACGUUACUUGGAUCUCUAUUUUCGCUUCCCCGUUGUCUCUAUGCCAUGUCUGCUGAUGGCUUGCUGUUUGGAUUUCUGAGUGACAUUAACAAUAAGUCACAAAUCCCUAUUUGGAACCUCGUCAUAGCGGGAAUGUCGUCUGCAGUAAUUGCAUUGUUAUUUGACUUGGAGAAACUAGUCGAGUUUAUGUCAAUUGGUACUUUACUUGCGUACACUAUAGUCAGCGCCGCAGUUAUAAUCUUGAGGUACCGGCCUUCACCAUCCGUAGAUGACAAGAGUUUUGGUGUGCCGCAAUUGGACUCGCCCGGAGAUCGAGAAGACAGUUCAGCUACUGGCACUCCAGGGACUGACCCGGGCUCCUCUUCAUCAGAGAUGUUCGAAGCACUAACAGUGGGCCGGCUAAGGGCUCAAUUCGCCUGGCUGGAGCCGCUAGCAGGCGGGCGGGCGCCGGGAGCGGCGGUCACGUGGUGUGUGUACAUAUUCACCGUCGCCACUGCAGCAUUCUGCGCCCACAACCACUUCCUGGCAGAACACACCGGAGUGUGGGGCUUGUUGCCCGAUAUGAUUCUCACCUUGAUCACUGUUGCUUGCCUGGUGAUAAUCUCAGCGCACCAGCAGAGCCCGACGCGGCUGCCAUUCCGCGUGCCGUGGGUGCCGCUUCUCCCGGCGCUCAGCGUCAUGCUCAAUGUCGAACUGAUGGUCAAUCUCAACGCGCUCACCUGGGCGAGGUUCGCUAUCUGGAUGACUGUUGGCCUGCUCCUGUACUUCCUGUACGGCAUUCAUCACAGCAAGUUGGGCGAGGGCGCAGGCUUGUUAUCGCGGUCCGGCAGCGGCGGCGGCGCCAGCGGCGGCUGGGGCGCCGUCGAGAAGACCAGCGCCGUAGCUCGUCGGGUCACGCGUCUCGGCCGCGGCGGCAAAAGCGACGACCGCAAGCCCAUUAUAUGCGACGACGAACUCGCGCGCCGGGAACCGUGAUUCUAAGUAUUCUAACCCUCACGACUGAUUGGUAUGGACUAGGCACUAUAGAUAACGGAAAGUCGGAAAUCAGAUUUGUCGAGAUUUUGGAAUAAGGAAUAGUCCUAAGUCAUGGUGCAAGCUCUUCAACUAUUCGGGCACUAAUUUUAAAACAAAACGAAUUCCACGAUAUUGGUCAACUUUAUUAGAAUCGAUAUUUGAAGUAACAAGUUAACAAAGAAUGUGCCCAAGUAACGGCCGAGUGAUAUAUUUCAUCAAAACAGUCCAGUAAUUAGAUAUUAAAAUAUUUAGAUUAGACCUUCCUCCUAUUUACUCUAAAAUAAUUUAUUAUAUUGUACGCGCAAAUUUUAUUUCAUAGUUUACUAGUGCAGAAUAUACACGUU